AUCAGUGUGUGUUCGAAUCGUUAGGAGGCACGCAGCCAUUACAAUACGCUGUAUUCAAAUCGUACGCAACGCGAUUAGAGGAACUAGACUAUUACUGCCUCAUUUUCUUUGUUUAAAUUUCAGUUUUAUUAAACUAAAUUUGAACUUUAAAGACUGUACUUUUGUCUGUUUUUCAAACAGUCGUAUAUGUAAAUAUAGUCAGCGUUGCGUCGACGCUCCGCAUUCCCAGGCAUUAGACUCACAGGAUACACGCGCAUACAGCCUUUUCCGUUUGUUUAGCGCAUUCAUUUGAACGCCUGCAUUUCGUUAACCAAGAACAUUCAGAUUUAAGAGACUCGCUUCGAUUUAGAUGGCAAGCUUCCCAGAUUUUGUCAACGAAAAUGAAAUAGGUAAAGCUAAGUUCAUCGGGGAACUCAUACCUCCUGUUGCUCCCUUUGACCAGAAGUCUGGACGGGAGACUUGGACUGUAGCUUUUGCACCUGAUGGUUCCUACUUCGCUUGGUCUCAAGGGCAUCGAAUUGUGAGACUUGUACCAUGGAAAAAAUGCUUAGCCAGCUUUUCUGUAAGAAAGGAAGAUCGGUCAAGCGGUGCAGGUUCUCGACGACUGUCCCGGCAGAACAGUGAGGGCAGUCUGCUGCCAGGCGAGCCUAGAGAGCACACCAUCGACUGCGGUGACAUCGUUUGGGGCCUGGCCUUUGGCUCUUCUGUUCCUGAAAAACAGAGUCGCUGCGUUAAUAUCGAAUGGCACAGGUUCAAGUUCGGCCAGGACCAGCUGCUGCUGGCCACGGGCCUCAACAAUGGCCGCAUCAAAAUCUGGGACGUCUAUACAGGAAAACUUUUGCUGAACCUGAUGGACCACACAGACAUUGUGCGAGACCUAACGUUUGCCCCAGAUGGGAGUUUAGUGCUGGUUUCUGCCUCAAGAGACAAGACUCUACGCGUAUGGGACCUCAAAGAUGACGGUAACAUGGUGAAAGUACUCCGUGGCCAUCAAAACUGGGUAUACUGCAGCGCAUUCUCACCGGAUUCAUCAGUCCUUUGUUCCGUAGGUGCAGGCAAAGCGGUCUUCCUGUGGGACAUGGAUAAGUACACUCUGAUCCGUAAGCUGGAGGGCCAUCAUAACGACGUGGUGUCCUGCGAGUUCUCUCCUGACGGGGCCUUGCUGGCCACAGCGUCCUACGACACCCGUGUCAUCAUGUGGGACCCUCAUACAGCCACCGCUCUGCUCGAGCUGGGGCAUCUCUUCCCUCCUCCCUCACCCAUAUUUGCAGGAGGAGCAAAUGAUCGAUGGGUUCACUCUGUCGCCUUUUGUCAUGACGGUCGGCACAUUGCCAGCGUCACUGAUGACAGGCUGGUGCGUUUCUGGAGCAUCGAUAAGAAGAGUCCUCAAGCCAUCGCCCCUCUCACUAACGGCCUCUGUUGUGCCUUUUCUACUGACGGAAGCGUCUUAGUUGCCGGGUCUCGUGACGGCAGCGUGCAUUUCUGGGCUUCUCCACGCAGCAUUGCGAGCCUCCAGCACUUGUGCCGCUUGACCCUGCGGCGAGUCAUGCCCACCCAGCAGGUUUAUACGCUGCCCAUUCCUUUCUCCAUGCACGACUACCUGGCAUACAAGACGCUUUAAGUUGGAACGCAAAACACGGCACUCUGUGAAACCAAUGAAAUGUGUGGUUUUUGUUUUUUUCUUAAAAAAAAAAAAAAUUCUGCUCAAACCUAUUCCUAAUGAAGGUGAGGUUGGUUCUUUUUGUAUUUAUUUAUUUUUCUAAUUUUUUUGAAAGUUUAGUUUUCCUAGUUGCAAGUGUAUUUCAAUGCUUUGUUCAAAUUUGUCCUUUUUUGUUUUUUUUAGCCCAUGUUAGGUAGUGGCCUUCAAACAGCCUUAAUAUAUCAGCGGACCAUGUUAUCUUUUUUUUUUUUUUUCUGGCACAAUUUGUACAGCACCUUAGAGUUGGUAAAUGAUGGGUGAAAGUGGUGCUUUCUCUAGCUCAGUUUAAGGUAUUCCUAAACUGAGUUUAAAGUGAUGUUACGGGGGAUUGUCUCCCGAAUGUUCUGCAGUGUUUUCUUUUUCCUUGCUGGCUGUGAGAGGGAUUGAAGGGAAGUGACAAGGUGAAAAUGUGUAUGUGCAUGUGAUGAAAUAUAGUUGGGUAGUUCAGGGACAGGCAGUGCCUCCCCUUGACGUGCCUAUUUAGAGAAAAUAAACAUCCACACGCUUAUGCUGCUUCAGUAACAGCUUUCAUCAUCACAAAUCUUAACACUUCAGUAACACAUGGGUUAAUUUGUUUCCUCCACAAAUUGUAUAUUUUUUAUCUGUACAGAGAUUUGUAAAGGCACGUGUAUAUACAUAUGUUUGUAUAAAUAUAUAUAUAUAUAGCUUAAAUUUUUUUCCAUGCUUCUCAUACACAUCACUUUAUAAUGCUUGUAUUGAAAGUAUGUUCUGUACAUGGUCUUCUUUUGUAGGGGAAUGACACAAAAGUUUGCUUCGAGGAGAAGCUGCAAACUAGUUUGAUGAGAUUUUAACUAACCAGCAGCGAAAUUGAUGCCACAUCUUUGAUUUCUCGUUCCAAAUAAAUUGCCACUGACUUCCACUUGCUGUAUCUGCUAUGAAAUAUGGCACUUUCACCUGGCCUUACACAUUCUCACCACUUAACUCACAAUCGAACCUCAUUCUGUUAACACUUUGACAUUUGCCUUGUGCGUUUUAACAACGAGCCAAAGUGAGGUUUUGUUUGGGCAUGUCUCAUCUACCUCUCAUUUUGAGGAACUGGUUUAUUGGAUGUCCUGGAACAAAAAGGCAUGGUUCUGUUUAUUGAUUGUAUAACGCAUGUGAAACUGCCUGUCAUUUAAAGCAAUUGAAUGGUAUCAAUUAAGAAUGUGGCAAAUACAUCUGGUCAUGGUCUUGGCAAUAAAAAUGUGUUGGAAAAAGCUGA